UGAGAUAACAAACAGUCCAGGAGAGAUAUGCGCAUUGCAAAUUAGGCAUCAUUCGACAGCCAUCAAACAGAAAAGGCAAGAGGUUCCAGCACACACCCUCCACAGCGAUAAGCCUUCCUGGAAACUUCUCUUCGUAAUUCUGUAAUCAUUAACGUUCUGCACUUAGGGACGAGUCUGAAGGACUUAAAGCACCACAAGGAACAAGCACUGGAGAAGAGCUGAGGAGAAGCAUCAAUCCUCCUGAGUGAAAUGCAAAAGAGGUGACAAUGGGGUCCACAGCAUUGCAUAUACUUCUCUGGCUUCUAAGUGCAUUCACUCUUACGACACAAGAGCUGGCGAGAUUAAGUGUGAGUUCCGAGAUUACAGCAGAGUGUGGGAAACAGGUAACCCUAAACUGCGACGUGUCCUCAUCAAGAAAUGGACUAUCAGUCAUACGUAUGGAGUGGUCCCAAAACAAAACAACCCUAUGUUCUGUGGACAGUGAAGGAAACAUUACCACACACCCCAGACACACUCUAAGUGACUUCCAUUGUGAGUAUAAACAUGGACAAUUGUCCCUCAUCUUUCAAAAAGCGCAGCCACUGGGGAGCGGAAACUCAAAGCGCUACAUGUGCAAGCUACAAUCCAACCAGGGAGCUCUGCAUGGAUAUACAAGAGUGGAGUUACAAGAGUGUUGUGGGAGCAUUAAGGGUAUUUUGAGUCAUGACGGUCCCGCCUGCACCUUCAAACAUGUCUACCCAGACGGAGAUGUGCACUGGUUUCAUGGCUCCCACAAUCUCUCAGAUGGGCAUUACACUACUAAAAGUGUGGACAAAGACGGUUGGCUGACUAUCCAUAGUCACCUGAAGCGGAAAAGUUCAGAUGUGUCCUAUAGCUGUUUCUUGAAGAGCACCACAUCUGGUAGAUACAUUGCCAGCACUUUGGUUCAGAAGCCUGAAUUCUUGGUGAGGGGAACUGGAGCGCAGGGAUCUACAGACCCGGACAGGAAUGGAGUUGGAUCACAGAGACCUAUGAGGACAUUUGUGUGUAUUUCAAUAUUGCUUGCUGUCACACUGAAAUAAUGGAUUUGUAAGUAAAUCCACAUCAUGGAGUGUGAUAAGACAUUAGGGUAAAGCGGCUGCAAAAAACAAUCAAAAGAAAAAUUGUACCAUGUAAACAAUUUAACCUGAUGACUUUCUUUCUGUGUUCUUUCUGCGCAUUCCCUCCGCCUUGAUGUAAAUGCUUGGGCACAUACGUUUCUCCACUUCCAAAAAAUGGUGACUUGCAAGCUGAACUGGACCUCUGCUGAGAGUUUGUUUUUCAUACACACUCUUAAAGAACUGAACAUUAUUGGACGCCUAGAUUGUAAGAAAAAUAAGAAAUAAUGCCCUAUUCAAACAAGUCCACGAAAACAUUAACGAAGCUAGGAUAGACCGAAAUGUUGAACAAAUUAAAAACCACUGGAAAACUUUGAAGAACACCUAUUACAAGGCUACACAGCUGUUCUGAUUAAAUGCGUCGCCGCAUGUAAACACCAGACCGUAUUAUUUCAUAUCCCAUGUAAACAGUUGGCCCGAAAUCUUCAAUCAGAAUGAAAAAAAGUGCAAGUAACAGCAGCUAUUGAUUAGGAACAACGGUAGUGAGAUUCAUGUAAUUUUUCAAAGUCCAGGGCAACAGCACUCCCAGUUAAGUGAGUCAUCUUUCAUGGUCCAAAGGUUUAAUAUUCUGCCCUUUAGCUCUUGGCUGAAGUGAACAAGGAAAUUACAGACUGUUGCUAAUAAUCAUUACACUGCGUAAAAUUCAUUUUUUGUUUUGUUUUGAUAGAGAGUCACCGAUGAGGGAGCAGAGUGUAUUGGUACACUCUUUCAGAAAAUAACAAACACACACACACACACACACACACACACACACAACCACACAGAGAAACAGACUCUCAUACAACUGCAAAUGUUCACGGAGUCCUUUUGGCUACUGGUUCAAUUCAGCCUUGAGCCAUAAACCUAGCCACAGAUUAUUUUCAGGAGUACGUGUAUGUGUCGACUAUGUGUCUGACCUGAUUCUACAGGAAGGUUGUCUAUGUGUGACUGCUGUGUGAAUGCACACUUUCUACAAGAAUACCAUGAAAAGAAAAUCUGUCCAUCUUGAACAGAAUGAAAAGACCUCAAAAGAUGGGCUCUGUCGUGAAUUCCCCUCAGAAACACAGAAGCCUUUGUGUGCGAAAUAUCAAACAGCUGGACACAGGAACUCUUCAGUCUGUGGUUUGUGGAUGGACGCUGCCCUCUGGUGAACUAGUUGUGAUCAGUACGACAUGUAGCUGCUGCUGUGCAACUAACUUGUCUCAGGGGCAGUGGACUGUCCACAUGGAGGGCAAAAUGGGUGCAUUUAAAGGGUUGGUUUACCUAAAAUAAAACAUUUUGCACUUACCUCUAGUGGUAUGUGGUAAUGCAGACAGCUUUGGUUCGUGAUAAGCCCUUGUACAAUGUGGUGCUCACAGAAUGUAAGUAUUACCUUUUAAAAAAUCAACAGUCAACAGUUUUCAUAGGAACAAUUUUUCUCUAGCGAGUAGUUCCAAAGCACACAGUCCACAGUGAGGUCUGUUGAUUAUCCAGAGUCCUGGGAACACUGUUUAUGGAAAGAAAUGUUCCUGUUGAAUUUAUUUAAAUAUUAUUCAAUGCUCUCAGCACCAGAAAUGAAAUUCCAUUCUCCUGAUUUUUAUUGCUGUGGUGGCAGAAAUCUCAGAGAUGGAUAUCUCAAACCUGUGCAAACAAGCCAAAACUAUCUGCAUGGCUACAUACCACUAGAGGUGAAUGAGGAAAUAUGUUUGUUUGUUUUGUUUUUUUGCGCACACUAAGUUAUAGUUAUGUACAAAACUGAAUAUAUAAUAAUAUGUAGCUCAAAGCUGGAGGACAAUCCCAGCUCCAAGGCUAAAACUCUGCUUUUUUAACGCCUCAGUGCGCCCUCUCUCUUCAGACAGGACAUUUGAGAGCAGUUUCAAGUCAGAAAGACUCUCUGCUAAUGGUGUUGCUAAAUCAGUGCCACGCAGGGGCAGGUUGAGCUUUUAGCAAGAUGUUGCUGCGGCUGAGAGCCCACUGAAUAAAGGAAUACAAGGUCACCUUGACUUUUCCGGUGCACAUGGAUGCAUCCAGACACAGGCAUGACAAACAACACACACACACACACACACACACACACACACACACACACACACACUCUCUCACACCAGUUCAGAUACACUGAAAAUAUUUGAAUAUUUAUGUUGUUGUCUUUAAUGUGUGUUGUGGAAUGAUAUUCUCAAAAGCAUAAUUUUGAGAAAUAUUUCUACUGACAAAAUGAGAUAUACUAUACACUAUAUAUACUCUUCUUAUGCCUACCAUAUAUUUGGCACUGCAAAAUUAAAGCAGUUUACAUCAAUGGUCACAAAACAUAAUGCUUAGUGAUUAUUCAAAAUGGAUGUAGGAUAUUUAAUUAACUUAACAAUCACAGUGCCGUGCUUUAAAGGGAGCUGUUUGAUCAUUUAUUACAUUAUGACACUAAUGUGAAUGCUGCUUACAGGCAUGUUUUUGAUUUGUUAUACCAAUAGUAAUGUCUCUUUCCUGUUGGAUGCACAACAGAGGAAGUUUAAAUGAAUCACUGUAAGUAGUUUUGAUUGUUUAAAGUAACGCUUUUCAAUCACUGAGUUGUGGUUUUGUUUUAAACACCUGCACAUCUUUACAAGCAGGAGAAACCAGUUAAGGGCUCCAAAACAUCAGAUUUAGCCUCAAGCAUGUAAACAUUAGCAAAGUUAGGAACCUCCUCCUUUUUUGAUUUGUUGUGUUUUUAUAAACUUUUAUACUUACUUAUUCUUAGUAAGUAAUAACUGCUUUAAGCUGUCAGAAUGGAACCUUGAAAGGGAUAUAAAGAACAUUUAUAAAAAAAAAAAUUCUUCAUGACAAUAAUAGACUGAGACAGAGGUCAUAGUUUAUUCAUGUCAUGAUGUGAUGAAGGCUUCUCCUUAAUCUACUGGCUUGGAUUGAACCUCAUUUGUAUGUCGCUUUGGACAAAGGCAUCUGCAAAAUGAAUAAAUGUAAAUAUAAAGUAAAUGCAUCCUAAAGAAGUGGGCUAAAACUUUAGAACUUGAAAUAAAAGACUGAACUGGA